GCAUCUAGCUUUCCUUUGUUCAGUACUCUGUUUCAUGCUUCUCAACCAACCUCAUCUCUUUCACUCUUCCAAAUCUCCAAAUCUGAAAUCCCUAAUUUUACUCAUCUCUUCUGAAUUCAAAUCCUUAUCACUACUUUCUUCAAUUUCAAAUCCCUCUAAUAGCUAUUCCAUCAAUCAGCCCCAAAUCUUUUUCAGUUCCCUUACUCUACACCAUUCGAAACCUUUUACAGUGCCAAUUUCAGAAAUCAAUUCUCUCAACAAUGGAUUUUAAUUAUGCAAUAUGAGAUUCCAGAUAUCGCAGAGAAGGACUCAUGAGCUGUCUAGCACUGUGGAAGACCAACUCUGUCCAUUCAACCUCUUCACUUAACGCUUUCACUGCCUCCUCCGUUUCCUUCUUCACUCACACUGCAAAUGUGAACGAUUCUUCUUCCUUCUCUCACUCCAUCUCUCCAAUUUUGCCCUAAAUUCAAUCUUCUCUGCAACGAUUCCUCUUCCUUCCCUCGCUCCCAUGGCGCCAAGACGCAAGGUCCAGAAGGGAACCACGCGAAUGGACGCUGCUCUCGACGCCAUGACCCCUUACGGUUUUCCCAGAAGAAUUGUCCGUCGCACCGUUGAUCAACUCCUCAAAGUUUAUGGCGACGAAGGCUGGUUCUUCAUCGAAGACUGCGCCUACCGUACUCUCAUCGAGAAGCUUCUCGAGCUGCCCCAGGAAACGGAUGAUUUGUCAGAGGAUAAGCCAGGAGAUGGUCCCAAUGAGGCAUCCGCUGCCGGUUGCUCAAACGUAGCGCUUGUACCUUGCUCUAACACACAAACUUCUUAUGAUGCUCCAUUAACUAAUCAGGUCGCUGACACCAUAUCAGCAUCCAGUGAAACUGAUAAUCAACUUGCCAUUAAGGCUGUGGACACUGUAUCAACAAGUGAAGCUGGUGCUGAACUUCUCAUCAAGGCUGUUGACAUUCCAUCAGUAACCAGUGAACCUGGUAAUCAACUUUCCAUCAAAGCUACAGACAUUGUACCAGCAGACAUUGAAUAUGAUUGUAAGCCUGUACUAUCUCCUUUGUCAAAGUCCUCGCAACCUGUGAGGAAGCUCUGUCACAAGAAGCGUAAACCUUGCCAUGGCUGGAUUUCUGAUGAUAGUGAGGAAGAGGACCUGAUAGAACUACCUCCAGCUCCAAUGUCCAAGUUAUUAUUGUUUAUGCAAGCAAGCAAAUGAUGGGGUCAGUUAGUAUAAAUAAGGGUAGGGUAUGCAGUUGAAGGGAAACCAUCAGAUUAGCUCCAAGGGUUAAAACCAUCCGAUUAUUAAGUAAGAGAAUGUUUUAUAUGUCUCCAUGGCGUCUAUGGCUUGCUUGGUUCGUCAGAGGGUGGUUUAUAUUCAACAGUAAUACUUGUAUAGUUAGUUAUAUACAUUAGAGGAGUUAUAUGGUAAAAAAGCUGGUUUUAUGUCACUGGGAAAUUUACAUGUGUGAUGAAAUUAUAUUUACCUCCAA